AUGAUGAAUCGCUUUGGUGAUAUCGAAGUUUCAUUUAAACGGCUUCCACCUGUUUAUGGUUAUCGCAGUGCAGAACUUGUUUCAAUUGAAAAAGCACUAGAACCUAUCCAGCCUCAAAUUGAUGAACUACCUUAUUAUAUAAAGAUAGCUAAACGCAAUUGUCAUUUUCCGUCAGAACAUGGACUAUCACGUGAUCAAUCAGCUGCUGUUUAUAUCUAUACAAUGGAAUGGGGUGAUACUACUUUAUAUCGUGUAUUAAAUAAAGCACUACGAUCUGAAAAUCGACAAGCAUUAAAGAUAUGGUUUCCAUAUUUAAAGCUAUUUGCUGUUAGUGGAAAGAAAAUUUCUGGAUACACAGAAUAUGAAAGUGAAAAUGAAGUUAUUUUACGAAUGGGCUCACAAUUUCGCGUGAAAAGCGAUCCUUUAGAGCAAUCGAAUGGCUCCCAUCUUGUACAUCUAAUUGAAAUUGAUGACAACGAUGAUCAACCAUUAGCAUCAGCUAUGAAUGAUAUGCAUCUGGCAGCAGCAAAACUACCAAUUAAAACUAGUUCUGGUAAGUUAUUUAUACUUUUUCUUAAGAAAAUAACGUUUUGUAUGAUACAUAUUUAUGAAACAAUGGAAAAAUGUUUGAAUACUGAUUAG